AUGGCCAGUUCUUCAACUUGGAGGAACGAACGACCUAGACGAUAUCCUCCUUCGACAGCUAUGUUCGCGACAGGAACGAACACCAACGAAAAUCAGUGCCUGUUCUGCGGAUCAGCUGACCAUAUAACUGCCAACUGUUCGGUGCGCAUGCCCCUGGACAAAAAAAAAGAAGUCCUGAAAGGGAACAAUCGUUGCUUUCGAUGCACUAAACCUAACCAUUGUGCGAAGAAUUGCAAAAGCGCAAGGUGGCUAAAGUGUGAUAAUUGUUCCAGAAGACAUGCAACAACGAUGUGCGACCCGAAUUACAAUGUAUUGGAAAAGCAAACUCUGAACAAGCCCUUAAUAAGAAGUAACAAAGCAGUCCCUACCGGAAAUCUGCUCCAGUCCUCUCUAAAGGCAACUGAUAAGGAAAACAGAGGGCCUUGCCAAGUGCUUCUACAAACAGCAAAAGCGUGGGCCGAAGGAGAAAGAGACCGUGCGUUCGUUCGGCUCCUGAUUGACGGUGGAAGUCAACGCACUUUUGUUAGAAAGGACAUCGCGGAGAAACUUCACCUGAAGGUUCUCGGAGAGGAAGACUUGAACAUAUUUACCUUUGGAGAAGGCGCACCAACUGCUCCAAGAACAUGUCGAAGAGUUGAACUAUGGCUGCGCAAUCAGUACAGCAGAAAAGACGUACGCAUUGAAGCUUUAGAGGUCCCACAGAUUUGUGCCGACAUCAUUGCCGCACCACCAGAGGUAGCGCUGAGCAUACCUGAAGACAUGCUCAUUGCGGAUAGCGCUUUCAGCAACAACGAAUGUGAGAAAGGCAUCAGCCUUCUAAUCGGAGCUGACUAUUACUGGGAAGUAGUAAGUGGAAGUGUAAAGCGCUUGGAAAAAGGGCUGAUGGCCGUCGACACUAUCUUUGGCUGGACUCUACAAGGUCCCGUGCCCUCAACUUCGUCUACUGCUAUAUACUCAUCGAUCACAGGAGUAUUGAAAGUGACUACAGCUGACAUAACUGACAUAUCUGCACAGCUGCGGUCAUUCUGGGAACUGGAACACAUUGGGAUAACUGCAAAAGAGUCGCCGACCAAAGGAAAUCUACUGUUCGAAGAAUUUGAGAGCAAAGUAAUAUAUAAAGAAGGACUUUCUCUGAACGACGUCUUGUCCAGCGGAACAAACUUAAACCCUGACUUGAUCGAUUUACUGAUCGCGUUUCGUACACACAACAUCGCAGUAACAGCUGACAUCGAGAAGGCAUUUUUGCAAGUCACCUUGGCGGAGCAAGACAGAGACGCAUUACGUUUCUUGUGGUAUGACAGUACACCCAAACAAGGACAUCAAGAACUAAUCGAACUGGUUGGUCCAACGAAAGUUUUAGGUGUUGGUUGGGAAACACGGACAGACAUGAUCAAAGUCGAUCUCACUUCUCUCAUCAACUUCCUGUGCUCAAGAGAGGACAGCAAACGCUUUGUGUUGCAAGCGUCAUCUCGCAUUUUCGAUCCAAUGGGACUACUGGCUCCUGCAAUAAUCACUGUAAAAAUUUUAUUUCAGCAGCUAUGGGAGCGAGGAGUUGAUUGGGAUGAGACAUUACCUGCUGACCUUUACGAAGAGUGGGACGCAUGGUGUAAAGACCUCACUGCACUAAAAAACAUCGCGGUCCCAAGACUCAUUGCUCUCGACUUUUCCAAAGACGAAACAGAAAAGGCGUUACAUGUCUUCUGUGACGCAAGUACAAGAGCAUAUGGAGCUGUAGCAUACCUGACAUCGAAAGAACAAAAUGGGAAGAGGGUGGCUCUAAUAAUGGCGAAAUCGAGAGUGGCACCCCUCAAACGGUUGACUCUUCCGCGACUAGAGCUCAUGGGGGCAUUAAUAGGCGCUCGACUGACGCAGUUCCUCACGAGCAAGUUGAAGCUAGAAGGACUUCCAGUAUAUCUGUGGACGGACUCUACGAUUGUCCUGUAUUGGAUUCGUGGUUCAACAACCCGGUGGAAGCUAUUCGUAGCAAAUCGAGUCACGGAAAUCCAAGCUCUGACGGAACCAAGGAACUGGAGGCAUUGCCCUGGUACAGAAAAUCCAGCAGACCUCCUAACACGGGGACUUAUGCCAAAGUCUCUAGUACAGAGCAAGACAUGGUGGAAUGGACCAAUCUGGUUGCAUCGCUCCGAAACAUCAUGGCCGAGUCAAAUUCAGGGCAAACCAGAAGGCAAUGAAUACCUCGCGGAAGAAAAGAAAGAGACUAUUAUACAACUCACAGUACCUCAAGAUAAUCAACUGGUGAGCUUGGAAGACUACAGUUCAUUUAUCAAGUUGAUUCGGGUGACGGCGUGGAUAAAACGGUUUAUAAACAACGUAAAACAACAAGGCCAACGAAGUGGUCUCCUCACGAGCGAGGAAAUUAUAGAAGCUGAAACAUUCUGGAUAAAAACAACACAGAAUGAGACCUUUUCAAUGGAAAUCAAACUCUUGCGAGACCAACGACAAGUUCAGAAGACUUCAAAAAUCAAGAUGCUUAACCCAAAUAUAGACUGUGAUGGGAUCAGCACCGAUUCACCUUCCUUCUCAUCGCUGAAGAACAUCGUCGACUGCUGCACGCCGGAGUUCAAGACACGUUGA